CUUUUCUUCUACUUCAGGCCAAUGGCUGAGAGAUUGCCAUUGAUCAUGUUCUUCCUUGUUUCACAUUUAUUUAUCUUAGGAGUAACAUCGAGGAACAUUACAAUAGUGAACAAAUGCGAAUUCACUGUGUGGCCAGGGAUCCAAACAACCUCUGCUGAUUAUCCGUUCAACAUCUCUGGCUUCGUUCUCAAGAACGGAGAGAGUCGUGAAAUCAACCCACCAUCUACAUGGAAAGGUCGUAUCUGGGGUAGGUCACGAUGCUUAACCAACACAACGGGAAGUUUCUCAUGCCAAACCGGAGACUGCAACUCUGGAGAAAUCGAGUGCUUGGGAAACGCAGGCACACCUUCUCUCACUCUAGCCAAGUUUAACUUCAACAAUUCUCACGGCAUGAAUAAUAAUGAUAGCUAUGAAGUUAGUGUCAUUCAGGGUUAUAACCUACCAAUGCUGAUUUCCCCACAAAAUGAGCUGACAUGUAGCAGCAUUGAUUGCAUGGCUAUCAACGCUUGUACAAAAUUCAAUUUGCCUCAGAUCUGCUGCGGGAGCAACGACAGCCCUAAUAACAAUUAUGCCUCUGCCGAAAAAUGCCAAGUGACGGUUGACCCGCGGUCAGACUAUCUCAACGAGGAAUGCCGCCGAAAUGCUCUUAACUACGUUGACAAAGCCAACCCCUUUGAAAUGCACAAGCUCCGCUGGCUAUCUUAUCACUUUUUGCCCCUCAAGUACAACCAACAACAACAAGGAGGACGCGUUGGCUCCGUCUCCCUCUCCAGCAUCAAAUAA